UGGGCCAUGUGCCAGCUAAAGCAGUUAGGGCAUUUACAACAAUUGGGAUAUAUGCCAUUAUAUCCUUGGGUGUCAUGGCGGAUCACUUUACAAUGACCUUAAUGGAGUAGUUGUGUUUACAUCGGCUGCCAUUUUGAAAAGUUUAAUUUUGUUUACAUUUAAUUAAUUAACCGUCCUGGUUAAUAAUUUUACAUUCUGAGGCUGUCAGAAGAGUGUAAGUUAGACCAGUAUGAAGACCAUACGAUGUGUCCUGCUCGUUUGCGGAAUCACGGUCAUCAGUGCAGUUACACUCGGAGUUAUAAUCGGAGUUAUAAUCGAUCAACUCAGUCCAGACGUUGUCAACGGAGGCUGGAGCAGUUGGGGCUAUGGUGAGCUAAGUGUAUGUAGUGUCACUUGUGGUGUGGGAUCUCGAAUAAGAUAUCAGAUACGAACGUGCAGCAACCCAACUCCACAAAAUGGCGGCAAAGACUGUGGAAUAGGAAACACACGUAUCUCAAUAGUGUCCUGUAAUAGACACAUCAAAUGUCCAGUUGUCAAUGGAGGCUGGAGCAGUUGGGGCUACGACCAGCUAGGUGUCUGUAGUGUCACGUGUGGUGUUGGAUCUCAAAGAAGAUAUCGGAUACGAACGUGCACUAACCCAGGUCCAAAAAAUGGCGGCAAAGACUGUGGAACACGAAACAAACGUAUCUCAACAGUGUCCUGUAAUACAAACAUCAAAUGUCCAGUUGUCAAAGGAGGCUGGAGCAGUUGGGGCUACGGUCAGCUAGGUGUCUGUAGUGUCUCGUGUGGUGUGGGAUCUCGAAGAAGAUAUCAGAUACGAACUUGCACUAACCCAGCCCCACAAAAUGGCGGCAAAGACUGUGGAACAAGAAACAAACGUAUAUCAACAGUGUCCUGUAUUACAAACAUCACAUGUCCAGAAUCAGUGUUUGGCCCAGGUCUCAUUGCAGUCUUGUCGGUGUCUGGAGUCUUCGUCAUAUUCCUUGUUGUGGCUGCUGUCAUCUUCUUCAGACUGAGAAGAAGAAUUGGGAAGAUGAAAUCAGACAUCAACGAACGACCCGUGUCAGAGUCACCAAAUGUGAACGACGUCACAAGGCCAGAGAGUGCUGAGUCCAUCGCUGAGAAUCUUUACGAGACUGCUUCUUUACGGUCGCCUGAACACUUCUACGAAGAACUGCCGGAGACCCAAAUGAUGCUCCCAAUAAAUGCUCCAGUUGGUGCGUCGGCUCCUCUCUGGUACGAAGAGCUUUUGUCAGCGCAAAGCAACGACCAGGCGGCAUGA